UCUCCCGGCCUCUUACCCCUGGCCGUGACCUCCCGCGGAGACCCCGGGCGGCUGCCUCUGCACCUGCUCGGUGCUUGCCCAGCGCGUGGCCAGUCCUGGUCGGAGGCGGGGCGAGCCGGGCAUCGCUGCCGCCCGCGCCAGGCCCUGGCGGGGGGCGCUUCGGAAGGACCGGCCCCGCGCCCGCCCGGCCCCCGGGGCGGCUCCCUGCGCGGCGGGCGCGGCGCCCACUCACCAUGCCCGGCUGCCGCCUGCGGCUCGCCCUGCUGUGCGCGCUGCCCUGGCUCCUGCAGGCAGCGGCUCCCGGGGACCCCGCGCCCCCCCUGGCGCGCCGCGACCCCCACGACCCGGCCCGGGGGGCCGACUUCGACCGCGUCUACAGCGGCGUGGUGAACCUGAGCACCGAGAACAUCUACUCCUUCUCCUACACCAGCCAGCCCGGCCAGGUCAACGCCGUGCGGGUGCAUGUGAACAGCUCUUCCGAGAACCUCGACUACCCAGUCCUGGUCGUGGUGCGUCAGCAGAAAGAGGUGCUGUCCUGGCAGGUCCCGCUGCCCUUCCAAGGAUUAUACCAGAGGACCUACAACUAUCAGGAAGUGAGCCGCACCUUAUGUCCCUCAGAAGCAACCAAUGAAACAGGACCACUGGAGCACCUGAUAUUUGUAGAUAUAGCAUCCAUGGCACCCCUAGGUGCCCAGUACAAACUGUUGGUUACCAAGAUCAAGCACUUCCAGCUACAGACAAAUGUUGCCUUUCACUUCACUGCCAGCCCCUCUCAACCUCAGUAUUUUCUAUACAAAUUUCCUGAAGAUGUGGACUCAGUUGUCAUUAAAGUUGUAUCUAACGUGGCUUAUCCAUGUUCUGUUGUCUCUGUCCAGAACAUCAUGUGCCCAGUGUAUGAUCUUGACCACAAUGUGGAAUUUAAUGGUGUCUAUCAGUCCAUGACCAAGAAAGCUGCAAUCACAUUACAGAAGAAGGAUUUUCCAGGUGAGCAGUUCUUCGUGGUGUUUGUGAUAAAGCCUGAAGAUUAUGCUUGCGGAGGAUCUUUCUUCAUCCAGGAAAAGAAGAACCAGACCUGGAAUCUACAACGAACAAAGAACCUUAAAGUGACCAUUGUUCCUUCUAUUAAAGAAUCCGUUUUUGUGAAAUCCAUUCUUCUCAGCUUCCUCAUCUUCUUCUCCUUCUACUUGGGAUGCCUGUUGAUUGCAUUUGUUCAUUAUAUCCGGUUUCAGAGAAAAUCCAUUGAUGGAAGCUUUGGUUCCAAUGAUGGCUCUGGGACUCUGGUGGUGUCACAUCCCAUUGCUGCCAGCACCCCCGAAGGGAGCAGCUACGGGGCAAUAGACGAGUCAAGCUCCAGUCCCGGCAGGCAGAUGUCCUCCUCUGAUGGGGGGCAGCCAUACCAGUCAGACUCGGACAGCUCCGUGGAGGAAAGUGACUUCGACACCAUGCCAGACAUUGAGAGUGAUAAGAACGUCAUCCGGACCAAGAUGUUUCUUUACCUGUCAGAUCUGUCCAGGAAGGACCGGAGAAUCAUCAGCAAAAAAUAUAAGAUUUAUUUUUGGAACAUCAUCACUAUCGCUGUGUUCUAUGCACUACCUGUGAUCCAGCUGGUCAUCACCUACCAGACAGUGGUAAAUGUCACUGGAAACCAGGAUAUCUGUUAUUACAACUUCCUCUGUGCUCACCCCUUGGGCGUCCUGAGUGCCUUCAAUAACAUUCUCAGUAACCUGGGGCACGUGCUCCUGGGCUUCCUCUUCCUGCUGAUAGUCCUGCGCCGGGACAUUCUCCACCGAAGAGCCCUGGAUGCCAAGGACAUCUUUGCCAAGGAAUAUGGGAUUCCCAAACACUUUGGUCUCUUCUAUGCUAUGGGCAUCGCAUUGAUGAUGGAAGGAGUGCUCAGUGCUUGUUACCACAUCUGCCCUAAUUACUCCAACUUCCAAUUUGACACCUCCUUCAUGUACAUGAUCGCUGGCCUCUGCAUGUUGAAGCUCUACCAGACCCGCCACCCAGACAUCAACGCCAGCGCCUACGCCGCCUACGCCUCCUUCGCCUUCGUCAUCACACUCACGGUGCUCGGCGUGGUGUUUGGAAAAAAUGACAUCUGGUUCUGGGUCAUCUUCUCUGCGAUCCAUAUACUGGCCUCUCUCGCCCUCAGCACCCAGAUCUACUACAUGGGUCGUUUCAAGAUAGACGUGUCUGACACAGAUCUGGGGAUUUUCCGGCGGGCCGCCAUGGUGCUCUACACCGACUUCAUCCAUCAGUGCAGCCGGCCUCUGUACAUGGACAGAAUGGUGUUGCUCGUCGUGGGGAAUCUGAUUAACUGGUCCUUCGCCCUCUUCGGCCUGAUCUACCGGCCCAGGGACUUUGCCUCCUACAUGCUGGGCAUCUUCAUCGGCAACCUGUUGCUCUACCUGGCCUUCUACAUCAUCAUGAAGCUCCGCAGCUCCGAGAAGGUCCUCCCCAUCCCGCUCUUCUGCAUCGUGGCCACCGCCGUGGUGUGGGCCGCUGCCCUGUAUUUUUUCUUCCAGAAUCUCAGCAGCUGGGAGGGAACCCCAGCUGAGUCCCGGGAGAAGAACCGGGAAUGUGUCCUGCUGGACUUCUUCGAUGAGCAUGACAUCUGGCACUUCCUGUCUGCCAUGGCCCUGUUUUUCUCAUUCUUGGUUUUGUUAACCCUGGAUGAUGACCUGGAUGUGGUUCGGAGGGACCAGAUCCCUGUUUUCUGAGCUCCAGCAUGCAGAGAGGAGAGAGGAAGCACUCGAUCUUGGUGCUGUUUCACGAAAAAUGCAGGGCCCGCAGCAAAGUAACCACUGCCAAACACUCCACUCACCCCCUGUGGAGUCAACUCUGAGUACACUCACACACAGAGGAGAGGAGCAGGGGAGAGUCAAACCUGCAAGGGUGGAGGCAGAAGGGAAGAUGGGGCUAUGGACAGAGGCGAGCCCUGAAGAGUCAAGAAGCCCCCAUCCCUUUAUGUCGCAACUCUGAACUAAACAUGGACAACCGCUGCAUCAAAGUUAACUCGCUCUCUUGGGGCCCCUCCCACCCUCACCUGGGGCUCAUCAGCGAUGGCUGAAUGAUGCUGCACCCUUUCCUCCAGCUGCCCCCAUGCCCACCAGAAACUGGAGGUGGGCACCCUUUGCACUUCUGUACUGUCUGCUGCUCUAGACAUCUCUGAGCACCAGCGCCUUGGCCAGGGUCCUGGGCUGAAGUUGGCUCCUUGGCUGAUGGUGGCUCCUCAGAGUCUGGCAGAGGAGUGGACCUGAUGCCCUAUUCAACUGGGAUAGAUGUUUUAUCAGCAUCAGCUGGGCACCCCCUCAGAAGGACUGCUGUGUGUUCCCCCAGGUUCCUCACCUCCCCAGGGAGACUCUGGAUUGGGCCUGUCACACACUCCCAACAGGUCGCUGGGACCAGAACUUGGGUGCUUACCUAUUCCUGGUGUCUUCAUUUCACUCCUGCAUGUUGACCCCGGCGCUUAGGCUCCGCCUUCUCCAGAAGGGCCUGUUACCCCACAGACCAGCUCCAAGAUGGAAGGGAAGUGAGAGAACUUUUCCAGUAGCAGGAAGAGCAGGAGAAAUGACCGGCAGGGCUGAGGCGAGUGACAUCAGGCAAACAUGCCCCACCGUAAGGACUGGGGCUCCCGGAGAAACCUAGCCAGGGCAAAGGGGCAUCCUCGCGCCUCCAGUUCAAACAGCGCGAUUCUGUGCCCACGUCACCUUUGGGGAAGAAAUGGGUGUUUCACCAGGGACCCUGCACUGACCCAGCCCCGAGCUGUCACUUUCUGCAGAUCAGGACCUGCAGGCAUGCUCUCUGGAGUUCUCUAGAAGCAACUCUCAGGGCCGCUGCAUUUUACUCUAACUCUCUGGUUGCAAAGAGCGCAGGACAUUAAGGAUUGUCUUGGUCGCACCUGAUUCUCAUUGUUUCCUGGGAAGGUGUUGAGAGCUCAGCAUCCCACUUCCCUCCCCACUGUCUGGCUGCUCUGCCCCUGAGAGUCCUACUCUGACCAGGCUCCUUGUUACCCGAGUGUGAUGUACCCAGAAACUAUGCACACCGAUGUGCACACGUGGAUAUAUCUGCCUGUGAAGUCACCUCUCACCUUUGCUUUCCUGGUCGUUCAUUAGAGAAAUGCAUCAGCCAUUUAAAAAAUUUUAAAAAACAACUAUUAUCCUUUCUCUAAGAUAUCUGAUAAUGUUCAAAAACAUUAUGGAAGUUUGAAUGGCAAACUUCCCCUGGUUUUAAAAACACAAAGAUGCUUUUAGUGAAAUAUUUUGUGGUGUGUGUGUGUGUGUGUGUGUGUGUGUGUUUUUUUUCCUAAAAUGCCCCCAAUUUUGUAAUUGGUCUUCUGUUACUCUUUAUUCCUCAAAAACUGUUGGCAUUCCACCCUGGAGACAAAAAUCCUUGUCUCACUUACAUGGUCGUGGUAUGAUCACAUGAGCUAACACAUACUGGUGAAAGUGUUCUAUAAAAUAAAAACUCAUAAAUAUAUUGUUGGCUUGCGUAGGCCAUAUGAAGGCCACCUAUUAAAUGAUUGUGUUAGUCUAACAUCUAAAA